AUGAUCGAGCAGGUUAUGUCCAUGAUGGAUGGUGCCACGUUGACGUUGACGGCGAGUGGCCCGGCAAAGGCGAUCGUGACGGCGAGUGAUGGUAUGAUCACAACCGAUCCGAUUACGAUUGAGUUUGUCGAGGUGCAGCUCCCCGCACUGGAUGCUGUUGUAGGCAUGGACAUGAUGAAUAUGAUGGAUGAUGGCAUGCUUGCAGCCAGUGCUGAUGGCGGUCUCGGUGGUGCGAGUAUAACAUUUGCGGUUGAUCCAGCCACUGCGGCGACGAUCACGGGUUUUGACCCUGCUGAAGGUUUGACGCUGCUGGGUAUUUCCGGUAAUCAGGUCGAUGUUGGUGCCGAAGAAGCAGUGAUGCUGUCCAAUGGUGGUUUUUUGGGCACGGUGAAGCUGAUGACAGGUGCCGAGGCUGUGCCGUUUACGGUUUCGGUUGAGUCGUUUACAGCGCUUCUCGCGUCUGGUGAGACGACGAUGCUGAUGAUUCCAGCACCGGUGAUGUAUAAUUUCGGUCCGCGGCUGGAGGUGUCUGCGUCUAUUGCGACCAUUCCUCGCGGUGGUGAAGCGACGAUUAAAAUUACCGCUCUGGGUUUUGCCGAGGGUUCGAAGAUUACCUUUUCGCAUACUGUAGAAGGCACGGCUAUGGUCGAUGGCCACCCGGAAAUGGAUAUGCUCAACGUCUAUUCGUUGACUGCGACCGGUUCGGGUUCCGCUGUUGUCACGGUGACGGCGGGUGAUGGCAUGGCUUCUGUUGAGGUGACUGUUCAGUUUGACGAGCAGGUGCCGAUAGAGUUGUCGUCAUUUGUCGGAUCAGUGAUGGAAGACCGCGUGGUGCUGAAUUGGGCGACGGCUUCGCAGACCAAUAAUGCGGGUUUCCGCGUGCUUCGCAGCACGGAUGGAGAGACCUACGAGGUGGUCAGUGAGCUUAUCGCAGGUGCUGGUACGACCGAUCAGUUGAUGGAUUAUAUGUUUGAGGAUACGGGCGUUCCGGCUGUUGAGGUGGUUUAUUAUGUGAUCGAGCAGAUUGAUCUGGAUGGGUCGGUGAAUCUUUCGAAUCCCAUUGAGGUGCUGUUGGGCGCGCGUUUCACCCUGCCCACAGAAUUUGCUUCGACGGUUUAUCCCAAUCCGUUUCAAACCCCAGAACGACGAUUUCCUACGAUUUGCCCGCUGACACAGAUGUGUCUAUCGUGA